AUGUCUAGCUCUAGUUUCCAUUUCGAAAAACAGUCGGUACUACCAUCGACCGACCCCAAAUCCCCCUUCUUCUGUAAUCUCCCAUCCUACGAGUCCAAACCCAUCGACCAUCUCAUUGAUUUCUUCAAGUACUGGAAAUAUUUCAUCAAAGCAAUCUUAUACUACUUCAAAGAAAUCGCUCUUGUCAAGGAAUUGGAAGCUAACUUAAACUACCAAUUGAUCAAUGCCGUCCAGUUUCCAGGCUUUAAAGACUUGCCCCACAAGAUUUUACAAGAAAUAAAUGCCGCCAACAACGCCGGAGUUGUAUCCCCUAAAAGUGGUACCCCAACCAACGAGUUGAAAAAAACUUUAUCCAACACCAGCAUCGCCACUACAACCUCCGAAAAACGCCCUGGUCUAUUCAAACAAAAGUCCAAUGGCGGUAAUAGUCCAUUCCUAAAAUCAAACCCAUUGCAUAAACGUAAUAGUUCGUUGACAUCUAUAAAACUGCAAACCGGCCCACCUACUCCGCCACCACAACAACCACAACAACAACAACAACAACAACCAAUAUUACCACCAGUCCCCAAACAAGAACCCACCAACGAUGUAAAAAUCCCUGCUUCGUUCUUCCCCGACGACUCAAUAUAUACAAAUUUCCCUUCCCUUCUUCUCAGCUCCCACCACACCUUAUUCAACAACAGUUACAAACUCACCAAGGAACUCAACGCCAAACUCAUUCCCAGACUAGAAAUGUUAUUGAAACAGUUGUCUCACAAAAUCAAAGAAAUCAAAACUUCCUUAAAAAACGACUCGUUCGCCAACAAGGACUUGAUAAAAGAGAUUUCCAAAACCGGCCAGGUCUUGCGCAGGUACACCUCUGCCGUUGAGCUCUACUGUGGUGAAGUCCCAGUAACGAAAAAGUUUGUUGACGACGAAGAAGAACUUGCUGCGUUAGACGACCCGCUAUUGGUCAAGUUGCAAGUCGACUACAGAUUGAAGAACCAAUUGAUUAUGGAAAACUACAUGUUUGCAUCGUACUUGAACUUGCAAAGUAUUGCUCGUGACUUGUUCACCUACAUCUUAAAAGAGUUAAACUGGGUCAUCGACAAGUUUGGCAAACUCCACUUUAACUCCGAGUACCACCAAUUCUUGAAAACCAAGGUCAGCUGCUCCUCAACCCAGGAUUGGCAAUACUUUAUUUCGCACAACCCAUGCUUUAUCAACACUGCCGAGUCAACCGAAGACAACCCAAAAAGAGAACUUAGGACAUUCAAAUCCAUCCAGUUGCCCUACGACAACUCGGUCCAAAACAAGUGCAUACGGUUUGGCAUGAUGUACAAAAAAUCCAAAGUCAUGAAAAGCUACACCCGGUGCUACUACGUCUUGUCAUGCAAUUACCUCCACGAAUUCAAGUUUGACGAUGAUGUCAACGUCACCAGCAAAAAAUCAAAAGAUAAGAUCGGCGGGUUUAUUGGCCACGACACUGAGCCCAUCAAGUCGUACAACUUGAACGAGUACACCAUCACGCCCAAAAACGACACCACCUUCAAGUUCAUAUUAACCAAAAACACCACCAAAUCCAAAAGAACGUUCAAAUGCGCCACCGAAUCUGACUAUAACAACUGGUUUAAAGAUUUAUCAGAGUUGUUGAAAUUUGGAAGCGACCACUACGCAAGGUAUUCGUUUAUCCAAAAGAAGGUGCACCUCUACAGAGCCUCAACUGUCCCGGAAAACAAAGCGGGACUCAAAUUGGAUUUGGGGAACGCCCUGACGCCGGCAUUAACGGGAAUGUUUACUCCAAGUAUCAAAACCCCCAAGCAAUCGCCAUCUGAAGAUAACCCAUUUGAAAAUAUGUUAUCGGAUAUCCCUACCCAUUCUACGCCUACAGGAACCCCGAAAAUCCUUACUCCGGAACAGUCUUCCACCAACCUUGUUGCUGCUGAUACCCAGCACCAGGAGUAUCUUAAAUUGCAAAAUGCAUUCUUGCACCAGCAACAAGAAAUAUUGGAUAUGCGAAUGAAGGAAACAACCACGUUUGAUUUGAUCCAGAAAAAGUUGGACAAAAUCCAGGAACACCAAAGUCCGUACUUGUCGACUAGGGGGUCUUCAGAAUCACUCAACUCGUUUGUGAUCCCCCUGCAUGCCGUACCUACCGCUCAACAAGUCAUAGACGAUCAUUUGAAACACCAUUCGGACAAACCAAUAGUGUUCAACCUAGGCGAAACCACAGAAGAAAAAACUCCUGCCAUUCCUACUGUUUUGAUUAGUGAAAACCAUUAA